AAAACUUCCAGGGCGCUCAAUUCGAGGCUUGACUGUCGAAGGAGAAUCCCGCACGCGACACGACGCUCAAACCUCCCGUCCCGCACGCCUCCCAUCCUCACACCUCCUCACAGCAUAGCCAUGUCUUGUCGGUACGCGGCGCGCAGCUGCGCCCGCCAAUUGCGCUCCGCAAGCGCGGCCAGGUCCUCCGCACAGAUCCUCCGCGUCGCCUCGACGGCACGGCGCUUCAACUCGACAGAGACCGCCCCGACCAACCCCAAGAUCGCCGAAAUUGUCGACCAGAUCAGCCAGCUUACGCUACUGGAAACUGCCGACCUCGUCUCCAGCCUGAAGACCAAGCUCAACAUCCCAGACAUGCCCAUCGGCGGCUUUGCCGCUGCCGCCCCGGCCGCCGCACCCGCCGCCGCCGAAGAGGCUGAGGAGGCCGCCCCCGCUGCUGCCGAGAAGACGCUGUUCACUCUGAAGCUGGAAGCAUUUGACGCCGCCGCCAAGGCCAAGAUAAUCAAAGAGGUCAAGGGCCUGUUGGGCCUCAGUCUGGUCGACAGCAAGAAGUUCGUCGAGAGCGCGCCCAAGAUGAUGAAGGAGAACGUCCCCAAGGAGGAGGCUGAGAAGAUCAUUGCCGCCAUGAAGGAGCUGGGCGCCACGGUCGUGAUGGAGUAGAGGAACGCCCGGGUACUGCCGCGACACACCAAGGCGGGAUGGCACGAUAGAUGGCGGGUUUGCAUGUACAAAACCACGUGUACUAGUAUCUAGCAGAAAUGCACCAUGUCAAAUGGAACAGCUCUUUUCCAGCGUCCCAAAUUUGCAUGUGUCUCGGCAGGGGAGGGCGGGUAUAUUGGG